CAGCUCCCCUCUCCACACAGUGUCUUCUUCUUGCAGCCCUAGCCUCCGGAACUGUGGGGAAGCCAAAUCUCUGUCCUUUAAGAAAUUACCUGGUCCCAGAUAUUCUUUUAUAACAACGAAAGAGCAACUAAGACGGGCAGUUUCUCUUGUUUCCCUAAAGGACCCUGAAGGAUCAGAAGUUGACACAGUACAAGGAAGCAAUCGUACUGGAAUCGUCUCUUUUCCUGACUUCAAGAUUCCUUCUAAUCCUAAAUAUGGCAGAUGGAUGAUUAAGGCUAAAUAUAGAGAAAAUGCUUCAACAAAUGGAACUACAUUCAUUGACAUUAAAGAACACGAUAAAGUUUACAAAAUAACUCUCAUGCCAAUAAGUGAUCUGCAACACAAAGUAGAAAAUCAAGAUGAAGCACAAGGUGUGAUUCUCCAGCCAGCAAAAUACCUGGAACAAAAAAUAAAUGAACAAGCUUCUACAUACAAACACCCAGUGCUAAAGAAGUGUUGCUAUGACGGAGCCAUGUAUAAUUACCAUGAAACCUGUGAGCAACGAGCUGCCCGUGUGAAAAUAGGCCCACGCUGCAUCAGUGCCUUCACCCACUGCUGCGCCAUGGCAGACCAGAUCAGAAAGGACUCCUCCUUUAAACGUAUCGCCUUGGCGAUCCCCCAAGAUUUUCAAGCUUAAUCUGUCUCCAUACUGGAAUAUGCUCAACAUUACUUCCUGCAAGAUAAAGUAGUUGAAGAUUACACAUAGUUCCUGUGCCUUCACUUUUGCUGGAAACUAAUGAACAAAACCAAACUUCAUUCAUACAGCAUUGAAAUCCUUCCAUUGUAACUUUACAGUGAGGAGCCUUGGCAGCAUGGAAGCAUUUACCAGUCUGUCUCACAAGUGAGACCAAGUCAAUAAAACAUAUCACCAGAACAGCUUAGUAAUCCUUCCCUCCUUACUAUCAGGUAUUGAGGUGUGCUGACCCAAAAGAGGGUGCUCACAGCACAGUCCUGCCACAAAAAAUGCCGACAUGCUGCCCAGGGAGAGCUGAAGACUCAACAGCACAUGCUGCUGUGUGCCACCGAGCUGCCCAGAUGCCCACAUGUCCAUAACUCUACAUUAAAUCAUCACGAAUGAUCAGUUGUGCCAGCAGAACAUGGGAGCCUCUAAAAUGAUACUGUGCUUAUAAAUAUGUAUCAUAAUCAGAAUAUUUAAUCAAUAAAAUACUAUUACCCAUGUUGA